AUGGCCCACCUCAGGCAUCCCGAUGCCUCCGAAACCGACAUACCGGGCCUGGGGCUGUCUUCGGCGCUCCAGAAGCAAGAUCAAACGCCCUCACGAGAUGCGACGGUUAUGCAUCCUUCGGGGAAACAAAGCCAUGGCCGUCUUGCUCAAGUGUUGCGAGUGCUGGCCUUUUUCGUCUACUUUUUUAUCUGCUGUGUCGGAAUCGUCAUUUCGCAGACCGUCGGCGCGCCACUCUACUUUAUCAAGCGGGACUGGUUCUACCCAUACAUGGCCAUGACGAAGCGCUCAUUUGCCCUGACGACGACAGUCAUGACCCAGAUCUGGGGACCCACGACGAUCCGCAUCAGUGGCGACGAGUCUGUAGCGGGACAAAUUAGGAUGACCAAGGGCGGAGGCGUUGAAUUCAGGUUUCCCGAGCGCUUGGUGCUGGUAGCUAAUCAUCAAAUUUAUACGGACUGGCUGUACCUCUGGUGGAUUGGCUAUGCCAACCGCCCCGGCAUGCACGGGCACCUGUACAUCAUCCUCAAGGAGUCGCUCAAGUACAUCCCCUUUAUCGGGCCCGGCAUGAUGUUCUACGGCUUCAUCUUCAUGUCGAGAAAGAUGGCGACGGAUCAGCCGCGGCUGGCCCACCGGCUCAACAAGCUCAACCAGAAGAAGACGGACCCCCGGGGCCGUACAUAUCUAGAUCCCAUGUGGCUACUCUUGUUUCCCGAAGGCACGAAUCUGUCGACAAACGGCCGCACCAAGUCGGCGCAGUGGGCCAAGAAGAAUGGGCUCAAGGACCCGGAGCAUGUGAUGCUCCCGCGGAGCACGGGCACCUUUUUUUGUCUCAACGAGCUCAAAGGCACCGUUGAAUACGUCUACGACUGCACGGUGGCGUACGAGGGAGUCCCGCGUGGCAAGUACGGAGAGCAGUUCUUUGGCUUGGGCAGCACGUACUUUCAGGGGCGGCCACCCAAAUCCGUCAACCUGUACUGGCGGCGGUUCCGCCUCGCCGACAUGCCGCUGGACGAUGCCAAGAAGUUCGACUCGUGGCUGCGGGAGCAGUGGUACAAAAAGGACGAGCUCAUGGAGGAGUACCUCACCACCGGGCGGUUCCCGGCCAUGGCGGGCUCAGACACGGACUACGUCGAGACGGCGGUGCGGACGCGGUAUCCGUGGGAGAUUCUGCAGGUGUUUACCAUGACGGGGAUCGUGUUUCUCAUUUGGUACAACGUGAAGAAGCUUGUGCAUGCUUUCAGCUCAUCUGGAUAG